UCCAUCUGUAAACAUCAAAUUUGACGUAUUUCAGCUGAAAGGAACGAGUAAAUUUCUCUCAAAACAAUUAUUACCAGAAACAUGAACAUAUAUGCUUUUAAAAAAAAAUAAAAAUUUGGGGGUGGGUGUCAUUUUUAUCCUGUUCUUCUUUUCUUUUCCCACCAUAGUGAAUCAAGAAAGCAAAUAUUUUCCCCUAUAAAAAGAGCAAGAGAUCAGCUAUAAGCUGGGAAGAUGACGAUGGAGCAGACAAAAGGAAAAGAAAUUAGCGAUAUCAAUGUUCGUGAUGAUGAAGAGAAAUGGGUUUAUGAUUCUUCUGUUGAUCAUAACGGAAGAGUUCCACUUCGAGCUUCCACUGGUGUUUGGAAAGCUUCCCUCUUUAUUUUCGCAAUUGAAUUCAGUGAAAGGUUGAGUUACUUUGGGAUAGCGACAAGUUUAAUCAUUUACCUGACCAAGGUGAUUCACCAAGACCUCAAGACAGCAGCAAGGAGUGUCAACUACUGGGCUGGGGUCACUACGCUUAUGCCACUAUUCGGAGGAUUCAUUGCUGAUGCUUACUUGGGCCGAUUCUGUACGGUUCUUGCUUCAACCAUCGUCUACCUUUUGGGCUUGCUUCUGUUGACAAUGUCCUGGUUUGUCCCAAGCUUAAAGGCAUGCGAUGCUGAUGUUUGUGCUGAGCCUAGGAAGGUUCAUGAAGUGGCCUUCUUCCUUGCCAUAUACUUGAUCUCCAUUGGAACAGGAGGCCAUAAACCUUCAUUGGAGAGCUUUGGAGCUGACCAGUUUGACGAUGAUCACUCAGAAGAGAGAAAGAAGAAGAUGUCCUUCUUCAACUGGUGGAACUUUGGCCUUUGCUGUGGACUUUUAUUGGGCGUCACCGUAAUUGUUUACGUCCAAGACCAUGUGAAUUGGGGGGUUGCAGAUAUUAUUCUGACUAUAGUCAUGGCUUGGUCGUUGUUAAUCUUCAUCAUUGGAAGGCCAUAUUACCGUUACAGGAUGCCAUCAGGAAGCCCCUUAACGCCAAUGCUACAGGUUUUUGUAGCUGCCAUUUCUAAAAGAAAACUGCCUUAUCCCUCAAAUCCUGCAGAACUGUAUGAAGUUCCCAAAUCAGAAAAGACUCAGGGGAGACUUUUGUGCCACACCAAGAAACUCAAUUUCCUUGACAGAGCUGCCAUUGUUGAGGACAAUGAAAAUUCAAUCGACAAACAGAGUCCCUGGAGACUUGCAACUGUGACCAAGGUUGAGGAGAUGAAGCUUGUUCUCAACAUGAUUCCCAUAUGGCUAGCUUCCUUACCAUUUGGAAUUUGUGUAGCACAAGCUUCCACAUUCUUCAUCAAACAAGGGGCCACUAUGAACCGAAACAUUGGUAAUUUCCAGCUUCCUCCAGCCUCAAUCUACUCUCUAGCCGCCAUUGGCAUGAUAAUCUCCGUAAUCAUCUAUGAAAAGGUCCUCGUACCAGUACUAAGGAAAGUAACAGGAAACGAACGAGGCAUCAAAAUACUACAAAGAAUUGGCAUUGGGAUGCUUUUCUCAAUUGCUACAAUGAUAGUUGCUGGCCUGGUCGAGAGAAAGAGAUUAGCUACUCUCAGAAAGGACCCGGUAAAUGGCUCCCUCUCCAUGAGUGUGUUCUGGUUGGCACCACAGUUCAUCAUAAUUGGUGCAGGAGAUGGGUUCGCUCUGGUUGGCUUGCAAGAGUACUUUUAUGAUCAAGUUCCGGAUUCCAUGAGAAGCUUAGGCAUUGCAUUUUACCUGAGCGUGAUCGGAGCUGCAAACUUUAUUAGCAGCCUGCUGAUAACACUAGUUGAUGACAUCACAGAGAAAGGAGGGAAGAGCUGGUUUGGCAAAGAUUUGAACAGCAGCCGCUUAGACAAUUUCUACUGGCUGUUAGCGAUUAUAUCCAUGGCUAACUUGUGCAUCUAUGUCUUCCUGGCAAAGCGUUACUCUUACAAAAAUGUCCAGAGCUUGGCUGUUGCUAAUUGCAAUGAAGAAGAUGAUGAUGCUGCAGGAUCAAUGGCUUAACAUUAUAUGUCACUGGUCUUAUAUAAAUAAGAAAUUGAUGUAAUCGUUUAGUGUUUCCUAGAGCAAUUUAGUCUUUAAUUAAGGAAAAUUAUGAAAUUGUAGCCUAUUAGUAAGCUCAAUUUGUUGCUUGCUUCAGCUUCUGAUAUCUUUCUAUAGUAAAACACCUUCAAUUAUAUAUUCUACCAAAGCCACACUGAGAUUGAAAACUAGAAGAAACUACUAGUGACCA